AUGACUCUUGGACGCAAAUAUCAGAAUUGUUCCGGGAAUGCUGGGGAUGCUCGUAAGGUCUAUACUAGCCAGUCGAAGUCAGGUACUCUUUCGGGCUGUUCUUCUUCACUAUCUCUAUGCGAUAUGAUUGAACCACCGGAUUAUGAAGAGGUGUGCGAGCGGCUUAUGGGUGAACGCGACCCGCUCGCAUACCCUUCUAACGACAUUGAGCUACUCACCGUGCCACGUCGCAUUCGCACGGUCAAACAUGUGCUGCCUGAUGAAGAUUUAACGAAAGCGCCGAUGUUUGUGCGCGACUGCAUCCGAUGUUACACAUCAGACUACAUAGUGGUGGAGUACAAGUACCGAAUGUACUCGGGCUCCGCUGGCAGCCGCGAGCGUGUGGCCGAACGGCUUGAGCGGUUGAUGAGCGCCCCGCCACAGUACUAUGAGAUCGACGCGGAGCCCUACGCACCACUUGACGACUUAGCGCUGCAACAGUGUGAAUCUCAACCAUCCAGCGGAAGGCAGUCUGUUGCAUCAAUAGCGUCAUCACUUUCCUGCAACGAAACCCUAACUCCUCGAGGCUCUUGGGCAAGUUUAGACCUCCAGAGCUCGUCAUCAGAUCCUCUAAUACCAGAUCUGUUUGAAAAGAAACCACCUGAACAGAUGGAUGCAGUGAAUGAGGCUAGAAGAUUGGAAAACCGACAAGCUGAUCUUCUUGGUCUGUAUACUCCGUACCUUGAUGAAGAGGAGGCAGUUGAGAGACGUCUCGCAGCUGAAAUGCCCUGCGAGGUGAUGGGCCAUAGGAUUUUGGUUGUCUGUCAUCAGUUAAAGUUAGAGCUCGAUGUGGAACCUCUGUUUGCUUCGAUGGCAUUAUUCGACGCAAAAGAGAAAAAGAAACUUUCAGAAAACUUUUAUUUCAAUCUAAAUUCAGAAGCAACGCGCCAGAUGCUCUCAGCCCAUGUGCCCCACGCAGAUGUAUCUACUUUGAGCCGAAGCGCUGUUUUCGAUAUCGUGAACCCUUCGCCUGAUAUCUUCCUGGUUGUUAGAGUCGAGAAGGUUCUGCAGGGAGAUGUUAAUGAGUGCGUUGAACCAUACAUUAAGGAUGAUAAGAACCGCGAAAAAGUGCGAUUAGGCGCACAGGCCGCUUGCAACCGGUUGGGACGAUACCGUAUGCCGCUGUGCUGGAGCGCCGUGUCGCUGCUCAACGUGCUCAGCGGCUGCAACAGCCUCGAGCGCGACGCGGACAGGGACGCGACCGCAGCCAGCGCACCGGCCAACGCCAACGCCAGCACCAACGCCAACACCAACAGCCUCGAUCGUAAAGCGUCAUCCAGUAGCCUGGAACAGCUCCGACGAAGGGCUGGUGAAGUUGGCGGCUCCCUAACUCGCAAAGGCUCCGUAGAACGAAGAGCGAUGCCCGUACAGCAAACAGACGAGCUGAUUGCACAAUUAGAUACCUUCAAGCCAAUCGUCAUAACUGUCACAAGCUUUUUCAAGCAGGAAACCGAUAAGCUCCGCGAUGAAGAUCUUUAUAAGUUUCUAGCAGAGAUUAAAAGACCGAGUUCAGCACCAAAGAAACUGAAAUGUAUUCCUGGUACUCUCAAGAUUGAAGUGUCACCAUGUCCCGAUGAAAUCAAAAAUGGACUCACUCCAGAACUGGCUAAACUAAAUCCUUAUGGAGACGACAACGUGCGACCGUGUAAGGAGAUCCUGGCGUUCCCGCUGCAGGCCGCCGCGGUGUCGCACCAGCAGUACCGCAACCUGCUGUACGUGUGCGUGCGCGACCUCAACCUGGCCGCCUACACCUCGCGCACCGGCUCCGCGCGCAACAUCACCGUAAGAAUACAACUGAUGUCGGGCGAGGAUCAGGCCUCGGCGUUGCCUGCUAUCUUCGGUCGCAGCUCGUGUCCAGAAUUCAGCACUGAAGCCUACACCACUGUGCUCUACCACAAUAAGAACCCGUCGCUUUACGAUGAAAUAAAGCUGAAGCUACCUGCCGACCUGGGUGAUCACCAUCAUCUUCUCUUCACAUUCCUUCACGUGUCUUGUCAGAGGAAACCCGUUCCCCCAGACCAGGAGAAAAGCGUAGAAACACCCGUUGGUUAUUCUUGGCUUCCGCUAUGCCGCAAUGGAAAGCUAACUUGCGGAGAGUUCAAUCUACCAGUGAUGCAAGAGGAGCCGCCCCCCAACUAUUCUUACAUAUUUCCCGACGUUCUGUUGCCGGGCACGCGGUGGAUAGACAACCAUAAGCCUAUCUUUAGUAUAUAUCUUGAUGCGCAUACCACGGUCCAUCCAUUGGACGGUUAUAUAGAGAGGUUCGCGAUGGCCUGUGAGGCUGUACAAGAGGGGAACAUCCCACCAAGGAUUGGACUUGCUAAUAUGGAGGCUGAACUACGGGCGAGUAUCUCCGAGCUGCCGACCGCCAACGUGGAGGUGCUGGCGCGGUACCUGGCGGUGGUGUGCGACAAGCUGCUGCAGCUGCUGGUGGCGCCGCCCGCGCUGCCCGGCCAGCCGCAGCCGCUCAACAUCGCGCAGGACGUCUUCACCUGCCUCGCGCACAUCUUCACCGAGAUCACCAACAUGAACGAGGGCGCGUCGUGCGACCCCCACGGGCGCAGCAGCCUGAUCACGAGCUACGUGCAGUUCCAGUGCACGCUGCCGCGGCCCUCGCUCGCCGACACCGACAUCGGCCUGCCGCUGCCGCCCUCCGUGAUGAGCGACGGGUCGUGCAAGAUCGUGCACGAGGAGCUGGCGCUGCAGUGGGUGGUGGCCAGCGGCCACACGCGCGACCUCGCCAUGCACAACUCCUGGGCGCUGUUCGAGUUGAUGGUGAAGUCGAUGGUGGAGUACUUGUACUGGAGCGGAGCACACGAGGCCCCCCGCAAGGCGCGCUUCCCCGACCACUUCACCGACGACCUCACCACCCUCGUCAACAAUGUCACCUCCGAGAUCAUCUCCAGCUACGGCAAGAACAGCCGGCUGACGCAGAGCCUGAACAACAGCCUGGCGUUCUUCCUAUUCGACCUGCUGAGCGUGAUGGACCGCGGCUACGUGCUGGGGCUGGUGCGCGGCUACCACAAGCAGAUGAGCGCCAAGAUCGCGUCGCUGCCGGACGCUGUGCCGCUCGUGCACUACAAGCUGUCGUUCCUGCGCAUUGUGUGCUCGCACGAGCACUACGUGUCGCUGUGCCUGCCGGCGGGCGGAGAGGAGGCUGGCGAGUGCGGGGGUGGGAGCGAGGGCGGGGCGGGGUCCGGGGCUAGCGGGGGCGGGGGCGCCUCGCCGCGCUCGGGCUCCACGUGCCCGGGCGCCGCGCUGGCGCUGGGCGCCGAGUUCCGCUCCCGACACUACUUGGCCGGCCUCCUGCUGGCCGACCUUACCGCUGCGCUCGAAUUACACAGCCCGGCGCUGCAGGGCGGCGCGGUGAGCGCGCUGCUGUGGCUGCUGAGCGCGCACGACGCGGACCCGCGCCUGCGCGCGCCCGCGCUGAAGGCGCGCGUGGCCGCGCUCUACCUGCCGCUGCUGGGCAUCGUGCUGGACGCGCUGCCGCAGCUGCAGCAGCUGCACCGCCCCUCCAGCGUGGCCAGAGAAACACUUCAUUUAGACGGCGAACUAAGUCAGCUCGGAAAUUUCUACUCGAUGUCGUCUCCUGAAGAUUUCAAACAGAACGGGCGGGCGCCGUUCAACAGCGAGACGAGCCGCAACCUGCUGAUGUGCCUCGCCUGGCUGCUCAAGUGGACGCAGCGCGACGUGCUGGCCGCCUGCCUGGCCGAGCUGCCGCCCGCCCGCCUGCACGCGCUGCUGGCGCUGCUCGACCUCUGCUUCAAGUGCCACGAGUACACGGGCCGUAAAGAAAUACUCAAGUGCGCCCAACAAAACGUCCGCAAGACAACAGACAUCAAAGCGAAACUAGAAGAUGUCAUCCUCGGACAGGGUUCUGCUCGCUCCGACUUCAUUAUGCGGCGUAAAGGCGGGUCGUCGGGGCGCGGCGCGGUGAUGUCGCGCGGGGGGCGCGAGCGCUGGCGCAAGGAGUGGGUGCGCGGCGCCGGCGCGCGCUCGCGGCCCGCCUCCCCCGCGCGCCCGCAGCCCGCGCUGGCGGCCGCGCUCGCCGCCGAGCUCGCGCUGGCGCUGCUGCACGCGCUCGAGACCGUCGUGCAGUCGGUGAGCGGGCUGGAGUGGGGGCAGCAGGCGUGCAGCGCGGCGCUUGGCGUGCUGCUGCGCGCGCUGCAGCGCAACCAGAGCGCCGCCGUGCUGCAGCACAUGUUCGCGUCUGUGCGCGCACUCAUCGUCAAGUUAGGAUGGUCUUGCUGCGGCGAAGAGUCUGGGAUCUGUCGCGUGCUACUUCGACACUGCGCUGCUUUGACUGCUACAACGAGGGCCCAUGCAUCUGCUACGCUAUACGCCCUUAUGAGACAACACUAUCAACUGGGCAAUAAUUUCAGCCGAGUAAAGAUGCAGGUGACGAUGUCGCUCUCAUCUCUCGUGGGCACGUCUACAACCUUUAGCGAAGAAGCGUUACGACGAGCUUUGAAAACUGUACUAGUAUAUGCUGAACGAGAUAUCGAACUGCAAGACACAUCAUUUCCUGAACAGGUUAAAGACCUCGUGUUUAACCUGCACAUGAUCCUAAGCGACACUGUCAAAAUGAAAGAGUUCCAACAAGACCCGGAGAUGCUACUUGAUCUGAUGCACCGAAUCGCUCGCGGCUACCAACACAGCCCCGAUCUUCGUCUUACCUGGCUUAACAACAUGGCGCAAAAGCAUAUGGAGCGGUCGAAUCACCUGGAGGCGGGCAUGUGUCUGGUACACGGCGCAGCGCUCGCUGCAGAGCAGCUGUGCACGGGCGGGCGCGGCGCAGCGCUGCUGCAGCGCGUCACGCACAACGCGCUGGACGAGAGCUGCGCCGACGCGCUCCACCACCACCUCACACAGCAGGAGUUGCAGGCACUCCUAGAACACGCCGCGAGCGAACUGAUGACCGCCGGCAUGUACGAGACUGUCAACGAGGUGUAUAAAGUGCUCAUUCCGAUCGCGGAGGAACAUCGCGACUACAAAAAACUAGCCAACAUUCAUGGCAAACUAAAUGAAGCGUUCACACGAAUCGAGCAGCUGCACGGCAAACGAGUGUUCGGAACAUACUUCCGAGUCUCGUUCUACGGCGCACGGUUCGGUGAUCUUAACGGCGAGGAGUUCAUAUACAAGGAACAUGCGCUCACCAAACUGCCGGAGAUAUUCAGCAGACUAGAGAAUUUCUACGGGUCACGUUUCGGGACUGAAAACGUGGUAAUCAUAAAGGAUUCCAACAUCGUGGACCCGAGCUCUCUGGACCCCGACAAAGCGUAUAUCCAGAUCACGUACGUGGAACCGUACUUCGAGCCGCACGAGCUGCGCAAGCGGCUCACACAUUACGAGAGGAACUACAACAUAAAGCGUUUCAUGUACGCGACGCCGUUCACGGUGGGCGGGCGCGCGCACGGCUCGCUGGCCGAGCAGUGCAAGCGCAAGACCAUCCUCACCACCGCGCACCACUUCCCCUACGUCAAGACGCGCAUACAGGUCGUACAGCGAACACAGAUAAUCCUCUCCCCCAUUGAAGUGGCCAUUGAAGAUAUACAGAAAAAGAUCGCAGAGCUAGCAGCGGCCACAUCUCAGGAGCCUGCCGAUCCCAAGAUGUUACAAAUGGUGGUGCAGGGCUGUAUAGGCACCACUGUGAACCAGGGCCCACUCGAACUUGCACAGGUGUUCCUGGCGCCAGUGGCAGAAGGUAGACAACCGCCCACGCGGCUCACAAAUAAACUGCGGCUCGCUUUUAAGGAUUUUUCCAAAAAGUGCCACGACGCGCUGCGCAAGAACAAGAACCUGAUCGGCAGCGACCAGCGCGAGUACCAGCGCGAGCUCGAGCGCAACUUCGCGCGCUUCACCGAGCGCCUGGCGCCGCUCGCGCACCGCCCGCCCUCGCACGUCGCCAUGCUCAGCAAUGGAGUAACCAAGCACGACUACAAAUAUCAAGCAUAA